AUGGAAGAUUUGAAGUCGGGUUUCGAAGAGGUGGAUGGCGUACGCCUGGGCUACCUGAUGAUUCGGGGCAAGCAGAUGUUCCCCCUCUCGCAGGUCUUCACAGAUCUUCUGAAGAACAUCCCGCGCACCACGGUGCACAAGCGCAUGGAUCACCUGAAAGUCCAAAAGCACCAGUGCGACCUGGAGGAACUGCGGAAGCUCAAGUCCAUCAACUCCAUAGCUUUCCACGCAGCCAAAUGCACCCUCAUUUCCCGCGAGGACGUAGAGGCGCUUUAUACCUCGUGCAAGACCGAGCGCGUCCUGAGAACCAAGCGUCGGGGAGGUGCCAAGCCGGGCCAGGAGACCCUGCGCCCCGACCCCUACGCGGCUUUUUGGAAAGACGGAGGCAAACUUUGCGUGAGCUUGAAAGAAGGGACUACAAGCCAAGCCAGCAGCAGAAAGAAAGCAGCCUGGCGCAAGGCGGCGGCCGCGGCGGCGGCUGCACAAGCAGGAGCUUUUCUACCGGCCUCGGAUCUACCUCAUUUUUGGAGCAAAUCCGCCGGGCGCAGUUUGCCAAGCUUUGCCCCACCGCCUAGCAAUGAAGCUGUAAACUAUGAAACCGCCCAGCUUGGCCCCGGCUACGUCUCGCUGGCCACAGAACCGGCUUGUUUUCGGAGCCUGCUCUGCUCCAAGCAUCCUCAUUACUACUACCAUUCCUCGGCCGCCAUUGCCACUCAGCCUAAGCUCGCGGCGGCGGCGGCGGCGGCGGCAGCAGCAGCAGCGGCGGCGGCGGCGGCGGCGGCAGCGGCAGUCUCUAGAAGCAAACCGCUGGGUCUGGGCUGCAGAACUAAGCGGAAAAAGAGCACCGAGAGGCGUUUCUCUGGCGGGUGCGGGCGGCGUGUGGUGAUUCUGCCCCGAGCUUGCAAAGCAGCUCGGAGCGCCGUGGCGGAGAGGCUGCAUGGACUGCGUGGUUUUCUGACCCCGCAGCCUGCCCCGGUUUUCCCGGAACCUUACAGCAGCGAUUCGGAAUCCAGCUCCUAUUCGAAUCACGCAGACAACGACUCCGACUUCUGCUCCAGCCUGAGCAGCACCAGCAAUUCCGGUUCUUCUGAGGAGGAAGAGGAGGAAGGCAGCUGCGCCUCUGAUUCCAGUGAGCUCAGCUCUGACGAGGAAGAGGAAGAAGAGGAAGAAGACGAGGAGGAGGAGGAAGAGGAGGAAGAGGAGGAAGAGGAAGAAGAGACCAGCUCGGAAUCUGAUUCCAGCUCCGGGUCCAGCCACGUCUCGGUCCAGAGUAUCCGCUUCAGGCGCACUAGCUUCUGCAAAUCGCCCACCCUCCAGACUUCAGCCAGCCUCGUGCCCCAUCCGCCUCAGUUUGCUAGCCACGAGGAGCUUCCAGGUCCAGCGCAAUUCGUCAAAUGCGAAGCGUCGGAAGAACCUGAGGAGUGGAAGAUCCCGGCUGGCUGGCUUUCAAAAGCUGAGCCGGGCUUGGACUGCACCACGCAUCCUGUCGGCAGUGCGUACUUAGGAUUGCUGGAGCAGCCCACGGAAGGGGCCAGUGGCGGUGAGGGAAGAUUCCUCUUGACUGGCGAGGACCACUCCACACUCGUGCCUGAGGUAAAGUCUCUUGACCUGCCUGGGGUCCCCUGGUUAGCCUGCGGUGACUCUUCUGCUAGCUUAAAGCCAAACCACAUUUUGCCCCAAGCAAGAUUUUUCGGAGAGGGCCAGACCUGCCAGCCUGCCCUUGCCUCUCACCCUCAUCCUUUUCCCCUUUCUCCAACUGGUGCAGACAGUAGCACUGCUGCCCUAACCCAUCUGCCCAAGGAGCUUCCGGGAAAUGUCCAGUUCAAUGGGAGAUCAGCCACUUGCCAGGGGACUGCUGCUGUUGCAAGUCCAGAUCUCCAAAGCCAUGUCCAGCUCCUCUCUUUUGUGCCCAUUGCCCAGAUCAAAGUUGAGGACAGCAGUGCUAAUGCUGAGUAUGGGGCUCUCCCAGUACAGAUCCCACUCAAAUGGGAAGAGAGUGACCAGGAGACCAAGGUGGAGGCAGACUGCCAGUCAUCACCACAGCCUGGUCCCACCCAGCAUCCUGGAACUCUUUUGCUGUCAGCCAAGGCAGACCCUACCUGCCUAGAGGACUGUCCUAGCCCUCUCAAGAGCACUCUGUGUCCAGCAUCUCUGAGCCGGACCCUUGCUGCAUGCACUUUAGGCAAUGCUUCUGCUGCCAAACCUGAGGAUGGGGAUUACAAAUUCGGAGCCCGGGUGAGGAAGAACUACCGCACCUUGGUGCUGGGCAAACGAGCCACCACACCGAGCCCAGCACCACUCAAGCCAAAUCUGAAAUCAGCACGCAACCCCCGGCCACCUCCAGGGAAACUCCCAGAGGCUCAAGAAGGCAGCUUGGAUGACUUAGCUGUUCUCAACCGACGCAAGAGGGUGGCUAGCAGUGUCACCUCCACCCUCAAGAGGCCAUUCAGUUUCAUGGGCAACUUUCCCUGCCCUCCCUCCUUGGUGGUUGGCCCAGAUGGAGAUCUCACACCAGCCUAUACCUUAAGCACCUCCAAGAGUGCCCAACCACCACCCAAGGCCCAUCCUAUCUGGAAAUGGCAGCUGGGUGGGCCACCAAUACCUCUUCCACCCAGCCACAAGUUCAGGAAACUGAACUAA